AAAAGCAUAGCGUCAUCGUCAGGACACGCGGACUUGCUUACUGACAGCGCUGAGCUUCGACUUUCGUUCGCGGACGACUGAUUAUCAUGUUGGCGCGCCUCAAAUCACUCGUGCUUGGGCCCCCUUUCAACCCGGCAGCCUACGUUGCCGCUCCGAGCGCCAAUUCGCCGAAGACUGAAAUAGCCACAUUCGCGUCGGGCUGCUUCUGGGGAACCGAACACAUCUUUUUGAAGCACUUCCCACCCUCCCCCGCCCCCGGCAAAGGCAUCCUGCGCACGACAGUCGGAUACACAGGCGGGAAUCCGCUCGUUAAGAAUCCAGACUACAGAACAGUGUGCACAGGCGCCACGGACCACGCGGAAGCAGUGCGGAUCGAGUUCGAUCCGAGUGUCGUGAGCUACGCUCAGCUUGUUGAAUUUUUCUAUCGCUCCCACGACCCCACGACAGUCGACAAGCAGGGCCCAGACGUCGGCACACAGUACCGAUCGGCCAUAUACACGAACACGUCAGAGCAGCUGGAGAUCGCGCAGCAAGUGACGAAGGAGGUGCAAGAGAAACAUUUCACUCCCACGAAACGCAAAAUCGUGACCGAGAUUACGCCCGCAGGAGAGUGGUGGGAUGCCGAAACAUACCACCAGCUCUAUUUGUUCAAGCACACGGGCGGAUAUCAGUGUCCUACCCACCGGCUGCACUGGUAGCCGGCGCUGCUGGGUUACUGCUCAAUCGAUUGUUGAUCUUGCCUGGUCCCCUCAUAUAUUACUUGUUCUCCAAAUUGCACGACGAUGUUUCUCAAACGACAGACGCCCUCUAUGAAAUCAGUCGAUGUGCAGCAACGAGACGAAUACAAACCGGAACCCGUGCGAACCAUCGCGUCUGCGUUAAUUUGCAGAUCCUUUUUCAAGAUUUUUGCGGGCGUUACGCCCGUGUAGGGUACUUUCAUUGGAUCCUGCGGUGCGUCGACAUGGAAUCAACCUGGCGGUCUAAACAGAUAGUAUAAUCGUUAAUACAGCCCCCAAAAAAACGUCGCAGUGCUUCCGAGACAGAAAUAUC